AUGGACCUAAUUGGCCCUUUCCCAUUAGGCAAGGGCCAGGCGAAGUACACCAUCGUUGUUGUAGAUUACUUUACAAAAAGGGCCGAGGCCGAGGCUCUCUCGACAAUCACGAAAGCAAGAAUCACGGCCUUCAUCUGGACAAGUAUUGUUUACCGCUUUGGCAUACCUAACACUAUUGUGACAGACAAUGGCAAACAAUUUGACAACGUCAAGUUCAAAGAUUUUUGUAGCAAACUUGGAAUUAGUCACCUUUGCUCAUCCCCAGCUCAUCCCAAGGCCAACGGACAAGUAGAGGCGAUCAACAAAAUCAUCAAGUGGGGCCUUAAGCUACGGUUAGACGCAAGAAAAAGACGGUGGGUGGAGGAGCUACCUGAAGUACUCUGGUCCUACCGAACUACUCCCCGGGAGUCAACUGGCGAAACCCCAUUCGCUAUGGCUUUUGGCUCCGAGGCCGUAGUGCCCGUCGAAACGGGAUACCAACCGAAAGGGUUGAGUACUACGAACAAGUUAGGAAUGAAGAGGAGCUACUCUUGA